UCCAAUCAAAUCUAAGUGUUAUGUCCUACGUCUAGUGUGAUCUAAAAAAAAUAUUAUAGAUGGCCGUUUUCAUAGCCGUCUCAUUGUACUUUGUGUGAUCUUGCGACUAGAAAUUUAUGUGAAUUUUAUCGUUUUUGCAUUACAUUGAAGUUAAAAAGUGUUUCUUCUCAGUAAACGUUUUGUAUUUGAUAAUACUGACAAUUAUAUAUUCUAUUUUACUCCAUUGAUAACAUAAAUAAACAGAAUUAAUAACCUGUUUACCACCAUUGACGGAUGUCCUUGCACAUUUUGCAAUAGACGAAGUGGCGGUAAAUUCGAUAUUUGAAAUCUUGUAGUUUAUAAUGUAGAUAUUCUUUAAUUUAAUCUUACGCAAUGGGUAGUCCGGAAGAAAGUCAGUUAGCUUGUGACAAUAAAAGUGAAGUAGAGACGGUAGAAAAUGAAACAGGUGGUGAAAUUUCUGAGAAUGAGGUGGCCGAUUCGUCAGCUUCCUCAUUGAAUAUAUCAGCUUGUCAGGAUGCUAAUAUUUCCAAGGAAGAUGGCAGUGGUGCUGGUAGUACAAAAAAGGUGAAAAAGAAAUCACGACAUGGAAAGAAGAGUCAUGUGCCACCUAAGGAUAAUGCUGAUCGAAGUACUGUGCGCAGGGUCCAUUACACAGCCACUAAAUUUAAACAAGCCAGAAAAAGAGCCCAAACUUUUCCGAGUAUUUCAAAAUUUUUUCUGCCUCAUAAAAGGCCACGUAAGGAUGCUUUUAUACCACCAACAAAAUUUCUUCUUGGAGGGAAUAUCUCAGAUCCAUUGAAUCUAAAUAGCUUACAAGAUGAAGAUAUCAAUCGAGCCAUGAAUGCUGUGACUCCAGAGUCAUCCCCACUACCUACACCUCCUAGGCACAAAGCUAAAAUUGAUGUCAUUAUUCCUCCUAAUAUUCGAGACCCUCUUAAUUUAAUGGAGCCGGUGGAUAAUGAGGAAUAUGAAAAGCGGUUAGAAAUGCAACAGCGGAAACCGCGCAAAAAAGCUAGGAUUAGGAGACGUACAACUGACCAUGUGUCUCCUUCUAAAGAGGCACCUGUAGAAAAAGUUGAAGGUAUUAAGGAACCUCUUCCUCCUGAGGCAUCAACAUCAAAAUCACGGAAAAGGUCAUGUAGUGAUAGUGAUAAUUCAUCACAGAAAGUCAAGGAUAGUAAGAAGUUGCGCCGUAUGGAUUCAUUAGAUAAAAUUGUGAGUCCAGUGGUACCUCAGCCUGGUGCAUGGAUGAGAGCAAGACCCCAGCCACGUGCAGUUCCUCCUGAAAGACCAGUAUCUCCACAUCGUACUAAAUUAAAAAGCAUAUCAGAAGGAGAAAGGAAGUUGCCCACAUUUCAUCCAAAAAAUUCACGCUAUCAGUAUGGAAAUUAUGAUAGGUAUUACGGCUACCGAAAUUUAAAUGCCAUGAUGGAUGUCCGCCUGCAGGUGUUUGAGAUGCAUAAGCAUUUAUUUCAAAACAAAGAUGUACUGGACAUUGGGUGUAAUGUUGGUCAUAUCUCUACUGCUGUAGCACGCACACUUGGCGCUCGAUCUGUCAUUGGUAUAGAUAUAGACCCUGUGCUCAUUGGCAGAGCAAGAAAAAAUCUUCAGUCUUUCAUACCAGUUCCAUUAGAACCAGUCAAGGAAGAUGAUAAGAAGAUUGAUAUGGAUGAUGACAAAAAAUCAGAGUGUGAUAAGUGUAAAGAAGAGAAAUGUGAUGAUUGCAACCUAGAUCAUAGCAAACAAGAGCAAGAUAAAGGAGAAGAUUCUAAGAAAAUGGGACGAAAAUUCAGGAGGCCAAGGAAAAAUCGGAAGGCUAUAAACAGACAAGAACCUGGGAAAUGCUUCUUUCCUAUGUCAAUGUCGAUGUUGUACGGGCCUCUCGGUGAUCCAGCGGCGGACCUGUCACCACCCACUUUCCCAUACAAUGUUACAUUCAAGCAGGGCAACUACGUGCCACGCGAAGAUGUAGCAGUGGGUUCUGGCGAGAGCCCGCAGUUUGAUUUGAUAUUGUGCCUAUCUACUACUAAGUGGUUGCACCUUAACUGGGGAGAUGCUGGCCUCAAGCGCGCCUUCCGACGUAUGUUCGCCGAUCUGCGCCCCGGUGGAAAACUCGUGCUAGAAGCGCAGAAUUGGGCUAGCUAUAAGAAGAAAAAGCGUUUAACGCCUACAAUUUACGAAAACUUCAAUGCCAUAGAAUUGUUCCCGAAUAAGUUCCGCGAGUACUUGCUGUCACCGGAAGUAGGAUUCAGCAAGUGCUGUAUACUGGGUGUGCCGCAGCACGCCAGCAAGGGCUUCCGACGUCCUAUACAACUGUACAUUAAGGGAGACUUCACGCCCAGCAAGGCACGGUGGUCAGAUGCGUAUGCACCAUCCUCCCACCACCGGCAGGAGGCCGAGUCCCCGCGGCGGACUGUGUACGCUCCAAUGGCGUCGGCGUACCGUCCUAGUGACGAUGCACCCUCUUGUGGUGCAGCCACGCCUUACUCGCCUAACUUGGACUGUUGUGCUGACGAUUCCCCAUUCUACAAUCCAAGAAGUGAUUCCUAUGCGCCGUCGUAUCAACCGCCGCGGCCGACGGUAUACGCGACGCUACCAUCGCCUUUGGGGAGUGCAUCGCCAGCGGCUUCCCCCGCCGCCUCCCCCGCACCUCACGCAUCCCCCGCGCCGGACCCUAUGUCGGCUCGCGGUUUUCCUGAGCCCCAGCGUCCGUACGAUGAUUGAGAGCCGCCAAGCGGUCCUUCUGUAGGCGAAUUUACAAAAACUAUAUUAUUUGAGCCAUGGUUUAGAUUUAGAUGAGCUUUUGUCCAUGUAAAUCUUUUGAUAGUAUUUAAUCUAUUUAUAGUAAAGAAUUUUAUUGAAAUAGCAACUAAACUUUGUUGGUUAAAACCAAUCUCGGUUCACUUAGUUCAUUUAUUACAUCUACUGGGUGAGUUUUACAGUAUUCCAAUACGUUCACGCAUUCUUUUUUUUUUACAAAGAUAUUUUAAAAAAGAACUACGUGCAUUUAUUGAAGCUAUUCUCUUUCAGUAUUUUUUUAUUGACUUGGCUGAAAUUAAAAUUACUAGACAGUUUUAUAAAAUUUUUAGUUUCUUCCAAACCCAUUGUUGACAUGUAGCUCGAUAGAUUUUUUAAAAUCAUAUGUAGUAGAAUAUAUUAAAAUAAAUAAAAUUAUAAAUUUUUGACGCAUGAUUAUUCUAAAGGCCGGAUGAAUAUUUGUGUAGUCAAAUGAAUGCCAAUGCAAAUUAGUUAUUAUAGGUGCUAUACUUUAUGCUUGUUAAGUACUGUAUUGAGUAUGCAUGUUUACAAUAUAAUUGUUUGUUUUUUAUAAGAAUACAAUUUAUAUAUAUAAAUAUAUAUUAUAAUGAACCCAGCAUGAUUUAAAGUUCUUCUUGUUUAACUGUUCAAAUUGCGAUGUAAAUGAUUAUGAAUUUAAUGUUUCUUGAAUUAGUUUAAGAGCGUUCACAACUUGCUUGCGAAGUGUAGCUACGUCGCUUUUAUUUAUUUAUUUAUUUUUUAUUGCACAAUAAAACUUUGUACAAGUGGCGAGCAUAAUGCCAUAUGGCAUUCUCUAUCAGCUAACCAUUAGGUAAAAACAGAAAGCGUAUGAAGGGCAGAUAUGGUGAAAACUAUCUGUUAAUAAAAACAAUUUUACAAGCGAACUCUAAAACUAAUCAUGCAGUAAUAUUUUUAUAAAGUUGCCACUGAAAACUUAAAUUUUGAUUUAUAUGCGCUGUUUAAAUAAUUAAUCUGAAGUAUUGAAAAAUGUUCAAUUCUUUUUGAAAAGUAAAAUAAAUACGACGUUGCCAUAUUUCGUUAAGCUAAAGUAUAAACGCUAUUACUGUUUCUUCAUAAAUCGAAGAAAAGUACAAAUCUCUGUGAAAUAACAAUGGCCUCAUUUAAUUAGAAGGCUUCGGUUGGCGUCUUGUUCUCUUAAAUUCAUAUUUUUAGAAUUACUUGGCUUCACUCGUCCUUCCAGUAUUUUUCUGGUCUCUAUAGUAAUGUACUGGAACUAGUUCAUUUUGAUUGUAUACAGUAUAAAGCUAAUUUGACUAGGGUUUUUUUACAAACUGAGUGAAAAUUGAUAUUAACUAAAUAAGACUAGCAUUUGUAUUAUAGUUAAUUAUCUGUCCUAUACCAUGUUUUUUCAUUCAAAUUUUUUACUAAACUAGAUAUUGAUAAGCAAAGAUUUACAUGAAACAAAGCUCAUUUAUUACAGAGUAACUCAUGACUGAAGUAGUAGCUUUUGUAAUUACGCCUCUCAUCAUGGACCACUGUUGGAAUGAGUGGACGUGCCUUUAGCAUUUACGAUGCACGUAUGUUGAUACGACUAUUUGAUGGUGUUCUAUAAAGUUGGAGUUCGUUAUACUUGGCUGGUCGGGAAUAGGCGAACGCCACCUUUUAAAAAUAAAUUAAACCUGUGAUCUAGAUAGCGUCGGAUCUAUGUACGUGCCUUUUUAAUAUGUGUUGGUGUUAAAUGGUUUCACCACUUUCGUUGGUAGGGCGGGUAUCACUUCAGUAUAAGCGUGGAUCAUGAAAUGGUCACAGUGAUUCCCGAUUUAAAGCACGUCUCGUCAUUUCUGAGUUCCAUGUCUCCCGCCUUUUUUUUAAUGUAAAUAUUGGUUUAGAACCAUAGGAUUAUGUUUCUUAUAGGCUGAAUGUAUUUUAUAAUAUUAUACUCGCCCAUUAAUCUAAU